AUGUUCGCCAGGCGGUCCCUCCCCGUCAAGGCUCUGCCCACCACAACUUCCUUCGUCCAGACACAGCUACGAUGCCUGCACGCAAAAGUCGCCGCAAAGGACAUACCGAGACCUACUCCCUUCGUCCCAGACGCCCAGACCUUCCUCACUCUCAUUGGCCGUAAAAUGUCCCAGCACGCCCAAAAGAUCCCCGACUGGAACGCUCUCUUCUCUCUCUCAUCACUACAGCUGCGCGAACUUGGUGUCGAGCCCGCUCGUAGUCGCCGCUACCUACUCCACUGGCGCAACAAGUUCCGCCAAGGCUCUUUCGGAAUUGGUGGUGACUUGACCGAUGUCCAGGACGGCGUUGGUGAGCUGAGGAUUGUCGAAGUGCCCGCUGCUUCUGGCACCGCUACCCUCACCAGCUCUCCCGGCAUGCGCAAGAUUGUUGUCAACGUCCCUGCUGGUCAGGACAAGCCCUCACAGUCCCUCGACAAGAUCAAGCCCGUCCAAGGCACAAAAGUCGUCAGAUCAAACAUCAUUGGUGGUUCAUUCGUUGAGGCCAUCAAGGAGAAGCCCGGCGCCGCAAAGAUUGUCGCAAAGGAGGGUCUUUGGGAGAUCAAGCGUGGUCACAAGAUCGAUGGUGGUGAGAGAAGAAAGGCCGAAGUGAGGUACAAGAGACGCGUUGAGGAGAGAAAGACUACCAGAGGUUAA